AUGAUCAAUCACGAUCUCUUUAUUUGGUCUAAUUUAUUUUGUUAUUUAUUUAUGUAUUUGCCUCGUUGUUCUUUUAGAGAAAAGCCAAUUCACGGCGGUCAUUCUUUGAACGCUCGUCCAACAGUCUCAGUGGGAGAUGUUUUGUGAAAUCUCACGCAUCUUUGCUCCAGUAAACUCACAGCCAGAUAAGCAGCACGCUGAUAAACACACUGGGCAUAUGCGACAUAAACAGCGCAUGUUGCAGCAAAUCUGAGGGACAACUUUUAGAACAAGUCGUUUAAGCGAUUAUACGUGUUACUGGAGUUAUGCUAUUUUCCUGGAGCAUCGCAACAGCUUCAAAAUGAACCCUCAUUGCGCGCGCUGUGGGAAAAUAGUCUACGCAACGGAGAAAGUGAACUGUCUGGACAAGUAUUGGCACAAAGGAUGCUUCCAUUGUGAGGUGUGUAAAAUGACUCUUAACAUGAACAACUACAAGGGAUAUGAGAAGAAGCCCUACUGUAACGCGCACUACCCAAAACAGACCUUUACAAUUGUGACAGACACCCCUGAGAACCGACGACUGAGACAGCAAAGUGAACUCCAAAGUCAGGUCAAGUACAGAAAGGAUUUUGAACAAAGCAAGGGUCGGGGAUUCAAAUUUGUCCUGGAUACUCCAGAGUUACAGAGACUGAGGAAAACCCAGGAUCAGAUUAGUAAUGCAAAGUACCAUAAAGAUUUUGAGAUGUCAGGUUUGCAUGGGGUCAGUCAGGAAAUGAGAGGGACAUACCUGGUACAGGCUCAGAUAAAACCCAACCAUGAGACGGUGGGGAACAGCACACACAAGGGUGUCCAUCAGUACACCAUGGAGUUGGAUCGAAGACCUGGCGUCAUUGUGGAAAGUCAAACAGGUUUGGAACAACAUGGGGCACCUAUACUUCCUGGUGCAUACCAUCACAGUGGCCACACCCAUGGGCAUAGCUACAUGCAUCAGACCGGCAUGCAUUCACUAAGAUCAAUGCAACUGAGGUCACAACACACAAACGUGACUGUAUACAGGGCCCUGUAUGACUAUAUAGCACAGGAUUAUGAUGAGGUAUCAUUCCGGGAUGGAGAUGUCAUUCAGAACGUGCAUCCGAUUGACGGAGGCUGGAUGUAUGGAACAGUGCAGCGGACAGGGAGGUCGGGAAUGUUGCCUGCCAACUACGUAGAGGGCAUUCGCUAAGUGUCUCUGAGAUCUCACACCCAAUGAGCCUCAACUUAAACUCCACAGCUUAAUUGUUUAUAGGCAUUAAACAUUGUAAACAGACACAGAUAGAUCUCUAUUUUAAUAGUGCAAAUUGUUCCACUUUGUAAGUGUUUUUAAUAAGUCUUCCUCAUUUUAUUACACAAUAGUUCCAUUAAGUAAAUGUACGUAAUGCAGUGGAUAGUUUUGUACCAAUAUUGUCUUUACUUUGAAAUAAACGUUAAAAUGUUAGAACAGAAAUUUGUGAGAAGACAAGAUGUAUAGAGGAUUGCAAAGAGGAUUUUGUCACUUUAUCAAAUCUAAAAAGGAACCAUUUUUAAUAGCAUGUCGUCGUUGCCUUGUAUACUUGUGUAAACUGUUACGCACAAUGUGUAUUAAAUGGACCACUACAACAAAAAA